CUACAAAAUAUUUCCUGAUAGAACAUAUUUUUUGCACCACGUAAUGAGUCCGUCUUCCACACGCUACGCCAUAUUGUAUGUGAAUCAGGAGGUGCUACCACGCCAUUGCGCACAUUACAUUAAUCUCCGACUAUUUCCAUAAAUAACGAGUAAAAAAUUAUUUAAAUGCAUGGACAACAUGUACAGUAACAACAUUGACCCAUGGGAGCCGGGUUACGGACCUGAAAGGAGGGGACAUAAUUCAGAUUAUGAUUAUCGAAAUGAUUAUGGAAGCAGUAGGUCACCAGAUUACGUAGAACACCGUGACAAUGAUCAUCGUGAUAGAGACCAUCGUAGUCCAGAAUAUAGAAACCAUCGGGGCCGAGAUAGAGAUCGCGAAAGAGAUCGUUCAAGAGAUAGAAGAGACCGUAGCAGAGAUGACAGAGAUCGUAGCUACAGAGACAGAGAGGAUCGUUAUGGAAGGCAGAGAGACAGAGAUUCUGUAGAAAGAGACAGAGAUCGGGAUCGUGAUCGCGAUAGAGAUAGAGAUCGCUCCAGGAGAGACAGGGAUAGGGAAAGAGAUCGAGAUCGUAGAGGGAAACGAGAGGAGAGAGAUCGGGAUCGCGAUGAUGAUCAUAGCCGAGAAAGUAUGGAUUUUGAGCACGACCAUGGACGUACCUAUGGUUCGUCCAUGGAAGGCAUCCACUACAAAUCUCAAUCUCCAAACAACACCAUAAUGAUUCGUGGGCUUGCUCAGCAUAUUACAGAAAAUGACGUGCGGCAAGACAUCCUUAACUGUGGUCUCAUGCCCAAGGACAUCAGGCUGAUUCGUAAAAAGGAUACAGGUGCUUCGCGAGGUUUUGCAUUCGUCGAGUUUAACGCGACUCAGGAGGCCGCACGGUGGAUGGAGAUGAAACAGGGAGUACUGAUGCUGCAGGACCAAUAUCGCGCUUUAAUGCAGUACAGUAUACCGAAAGAUUGCCAUGUAGAUAAACCACCAGCAAAAAAUACACAAGAUUGGCACUGUGUUAAGUGUGGUGCACACAAUUUCAAAAGAAGGGAAACAUGUUUCAAAUGUUCUGCGUCUCGAGCAGAGAGCGAAGAAGGCGGAGAGGGUAGCGAUGAAAUUAGUCCUCAUCCUACGAAUACAGUUCUCCUUCGUGGAUUGGAUGUACUAACGACCGAAGAUUCGGUCCUGCAGGCAAUGAAAAAUCUUUCAUCGAUGCCGAUACGAAGCAUUCGUAUAGGACGUGAUUCUCUUACAAAUACAUCAAGAGGUGUAUGCUACCUAGAAAUGGGCAAUGUAGUGGAUGCCAUGUAUUUACAUACAGCCCUUACAAAACAGGGAUUGGUAGUAGAUGGUAGGAAAGUGGAAAUUACUUAUUGCAAACUUCAUCAAAUAAAUAAUACCAACACGUGGAAAGGAAAUGACAGCCAGUCACAAAGAUAUACUUUGGAUGACGUUGCUCAAUUGGCCGAAUAUAGUGCCAAUUUAUAUGCUAAAACACCUGCACAGAAAGCUCACUACCUUCAGUAUUAUACGCAAUAUUAUCAAAAUCAAAUAAUGCAAGGAUCUGCAAUUACUUUGCCAUCUUUAAACCAAACUGAUCGAGUGAAUGCAGCUGCAGCCGUAGCACAGUCUGCGAUACAACAAUUACAAGCAUCUAGAAAAUUAGGGGAUUCUGAAGAAAUGAAAAAUAGACCAACACCGACGGCACCGUCUAGUACUACUUUAGCGAGUGGGAGAGUUCCUGCACAUGGUAGCGACGGUAAAAUAUAUUCUGUGCCAGAUGUUAGCACUUAUCAUUAUGAUGAGUCAUCUGGUUAUUACUAUGAUCCAAGUACCGGGUUAUAUUAUGAUCCAAAUUCGCAAUAUUAUUAUAAUAGUCACACGCAACAAUUUCUAUACUGGGAUGCUGAAUCUUUUUCAUAUCAACCGGCAAAGACUGCUACAACUGUAACACAAGCAACAGGGACAACGUCUAGUGGAACUACAAUUACUGCUACAGCAAGUAGUACAGAUUCAACAAAUACGAUUACCAAUCAAGCAACAACUUCCUCAGUUACUACCGCGACUCAAGAAACUUUGAAGGAGGAUGAAACUAAGAAGAAAGACAGCAAACAAGAUAAAGUAAAAGUAGCGAAAAAGAUAGCAAAAGAUAUGGAACGUUGGGCAAAAACCUUGAAUCAAAAGAAAGAGAAUGCAAAGAGUAAUUGGAAUUCUGAAUUUGCUGGUGGUGAUGGUAAUCAAGGUGUCGGAAGCGGAGCUGCAGAUGCAGGAUACGCUAUAUUGGAAAAAAAAUCUCUUGCAAAUUCUUAUCAUGAGGAUGAAGAUCAGAGCGGAAAUAACGGUUUGGUUGCUGCCUAUGGUGGUGGUAGUGAUACAGAAGAGGAAAUAGAGGAUGUACAGCAAGAAGAAAGGCAACACACAGAUUGGAGUAAAUUAGCAUGCUUACUGUGUAAACGACAAUUCCCAAGUAAAGAAGCAUUGCUUCGACACCAACAGUUAUCUGAUCUUCAUAAACAAAAUUUGGAAAAUUGGUAUCAAGUACGUGGUUUAGACCCAAACGAUCCACAGCAAAGAAACAAUAAAUAUCGCGACCGCGCCAAAGAAAGAAGAGCAAAAUAUGGUGAACCAGAACCUCCACAACCAAAUAAACUUAAAGAAAAAUACUUAAAAACUAGGGUCGAAGAAAUAUCGGUGUCAUAUGAAGAACCUACGAGAGCCGGUAUUGGUUCAGAUAAUGUUGGUAAUAAACUUUUACAAAAAAUGGGAUGGAGUGAAGGAAUGGGGCUUGGUAAAUCGAACCAAGGUAGGACGAGUAUCAUUGAAGCUGAAAGAAGGGUUCCUACAGCUGGAUUAGGAGCAAAAUCGUCAUCUUAUAGUGCGUUACCAGGGGACACAUACAAAGAUUGCGUAAAGAAAAUGAUGUACGCGCGUUAUCAAGAACUAUCUGAUACAUAAUACAUUGGAUAUAGUGAAAAUAGAUUUUAUAUAUACCAUAAAUAAGUAAUUGUACUCUCAAUUUUUAAUAGACGAAUAGGUAUACAAUAUGCGUAUCAUCUUAAUGUGCUGAUUGUUUGCUGGUCGUUCCAUUCUUGGGACAUAUACGGUUUAUAUUUCUUCUUCUUUUUCCGAUUCUGACAUUUUCAUUUAAAGAUGUUUAAGAAAUAAUGUAAAUUAAUUAUUUUUGUUAUUUCAUACUUAUUCAUUGAAUCAUAAUGUAAUUUAGCUGAUAGAUAAAAAUACUCUGAACUUUAUUUGCAUGAUGCUGCUGAAGUUCACAUUACAGUCACAUGCAAUAAUAUAUGCUUGUUAAUUUAAUAAAAAUUAGAUACUUAAGGAAGGACAUAUCCAAGAGUGUAUCACAAAUACCAGUAACAAGAUAAUUCACUUACUAAGCAAUUUUUGUCUAACACUUCGUGCACAAUACACAGUACUUCCUGUACUUCAACAGGGGAAGUGCAUUGAAACAUUAUAAAGUAUAUAAGGAGAAUUAAAUUAUAUCAUUUUAUUCAAGUUUCAUAAUGUUACUUUGAAUGAAAAUCAAUUUAUAUACUUAUGAUCCAGUGAAACUAAAAGUAUCACUGGUAUACUAUAUAUAUUUAUUAUAUUAUACUAAUUUACAUUAAAUUUCAUAAUUCCUUUAUAAUGUAAUUAUAUUAACUUCACAUACUUAUAAAUAUAUAUAUACUUAUAUAUAUAUUUAUACAAAGAUAAUUAUAUAUUUAUAGUCAUACAUAUAUGUCAAUUCUUUCUUUUUAUUAUGAUUUAUUCUAUAUUUUUGGAGAUCACACAAUUUUCGCUAUACAUACACAUUUCUAUAAUCAUUCGUACACUUUAAUCUUAUUUUUUUAAUCACACGUGUUAAACCCAUGUAAUAAGCAAUAGGUUAAAAGGCGAUAAUAAAAGUAUACGCGGCAUUAUUGCUUGCUA